CCGAUAUUUUUUUCGUUUGUGUUUACAUUUUACUGCUACUUUAUUAUUCAUCUUCUAUUGCAUAAUAAUUUUUAUUUUUAAAACAAAGUGUAUUAUGGUACACUGACGUGAGAUUUCGAAUCGUUGGAUUUGUGUGGAUUUAUACAUUACAAAUGAAUUUCAAUUAUCACACCUAAAAUGUUCCAAUACAGUGACAAAGAUUUUAUUUUCACUACUUCUUGGAAAUCGUUGGAUGGCCAGUCUAAAUUCGACGAAAAGUUAAGAAACCUCUGGCGAGAAAAAGAAGAUCAAGAGCUCUUCAGGUAUAAGUAUAAUAUAGAAUGUUCAAUCGAACUGCCGGGCAAAUAUGGAUUUCUUGCUGUUUUGAACACGGAUAGAGGGACAAAACGUCGUAAACCUAUCACAUUUUGUAAUGUGUUAGAACCUUUCAAUGACGAUUUAUUUAAUUUUACCAAAGUUAACCCAGGGGAAUAUUUAUUCAAAUUUAGUUACAUAUCAAAUAAUUCUUCUAACCCAAAUGAUAUCUUGGCAAUAAAUGCUAGUCCUUUAGGAGACUUUCAUUCAUUAAUUUUACCAAAACUUACAAGUAAACUACCACAAGUUAUUAAUGAAUAUAGUUUAAAUGUUGCAAUUCAGCUUUUACUUCAAAGUGCAUCACCGGCUUUACGGGUUGGGUUCAAUAGCUUAUGUGCUUUUGCUUCAGUUAACCAUCUUCAUUUACAUUUAUAUUAUUUAUUUCAUAGAAUGUAUCUUGAAUAUUGUGAUCUAGUUAAAUUAAGUGGUCCUUGUCAUACUAUUUUAGAUUUUCCUUCUAAAGGUUUUGUAUUCAUACUGAAUAGUAAAGAUUCAUUGCCUAAUUUUGUCAAGUAA